AUGAACAACUGGAGGGACAUCGACAUUGACGCCUUGGAGGGCGAGUACAUGACUCCGGAGGAGCUUGUGCCCAACAUCCCUCCGGUGCUGGCGGCCCAAGUUUCCCAAUCCGCCCAAGAGGCCAAGCAGGCAAUGGCUCUGGGCCAAUGGUUACAGGCGCUCCAAGUAGUGUUGUCGAACCCGCCCUACGUCACCGAUCUGCCUCAGGUGAAAGAACAGCAUGCUCAGACGGUGUUUGAUGUGUUGGUUGCCGUGAGAAACAACCUGGGACCCCAAGACUUGGGCCCUAAGUUCAUCCAGCAAUUGACCCCUGACCAACAAGACACCCUCAUCAAAUACCUUUACAAGAACAUGAGCACCCCUUACGGGGCCAAGCAAGGUGGGGUUUUGCUUGCCUGGUUUGAAAAGACGAUUGAAAUCACUGGUGUGGGUUCGAUUGUCAGAUUUAUGAGCGAUCGCCGUACCGUCUAA